CGAUAAUGUACAAAUGAUAGUAGUCCCGCCUAUCGCACCGGUAAUACAUAAUUUAAUUAAUUUUGUUGUCGGGACCAACAAACCUUUACCAAUAAUGUGCAAAUUAUAGUAGUCCCACCUAUCGCACCGGUAAGGUAUAAUUCUAUUAAUUUUAAGCUUGUUGUGGGGACCAACAAAAUGUGUACCAUAAGCUGCAAUGGUAGUAGUACUGACUAUCGCUUUGGUAUGAUUGCUUUAAUUCUAUUGAAUCAAUUGCGGUGGAGAAUUCAGUUCAAUUGUACUUAGUAGUUUUAAUCUUUAUCAAUUCUUAAUAUUAUUAAUUCUUGCUUUAUAGCAAUUUAAAAUGUAAUUUUGUAAUAUAUUACACUUUUCUUUUGCUAUUGUCUUGGUUGCGCCCAGUGAAUUGCGAUCUGUUAUUUAUAAUCGGAUAGCUACUUUGCCUGAAACUUUUAUUUUCAGGGAACUGCGUGAAUAUGCCCACAACAAGAGGCCCAGGCAAGAGAAAGACGAAAUCGCCGACACAAGCUACGGCGUCAACUUCGUCAACUCAAUCUACCCAGUCAAGCCAACCGCCUAAAAAACGAUCCAAACAACAAACAAACAAUAAAAACAAGGACGAUGGGUCUUUGAUAGAAGCAGUUACGGAAGCUGUAAUGAGCAAGUUAACUCCAAAACUUGACGAACUAUUCCAAAAAUCUGCUUCCAGUGCAAAAAAUGACGAGUCGAGCAGUGACGACAGCAGUGAUGAAGAUGAAAUUUUCGAGUCGGGCAGCGGACGCUCUGAGAUUGCAUCAGCAAUCUCACAAUUAGUUACCCAAGGUGAGUCUUCUUCGGCAGCCAAAGAUUUGUUAAAUUCAUCAAAAUACAUCCCAUUGACCACCGGUAUCCCUCUUGAAAGUGGGGUUGACAAAAAACUGAUAAAGAAAAUCAUCGGGGAUGACUAUUUCGAUUUGGCACACCUUUUAGAAAAAGUUCCGGGUGAAACCGAAAUAACUGUAACAAUAAAAAAGAAAUCGUCAUCGGUAACAGCAAACCCAUCAAAGCCAAAAUUGGAAAUAAGAAGUUUUGAAAACUGGUCAACAGCAUUCCAUGUGUUCAUUGCGAUUUAUUGCAAGGCUCACCCUGAGCUAAUCAGUCAAUUGAUGAAAUAUAUUGAGGAUGUCCGAGACAUAAACUCGGAACAUGGUUUUUGGGUGGCAAAGUCAUAUGAUGAGAAUUUUAGGCUUCACAAAAAAUCGGCGGGUUUGAAUUGGGGCAUCCGAAAUAGAGAUUUGAUAGAUAGCGCUAAAUCUAAAAUACGCAUUACCAAAAACAACAAAAACAAUUUUCGUGAACAAGGAAAUUUCACAAAACAAAGUAUCAAACCUGUUCAAGACGGGCAUUGCUUCACAUUUGCAAACAGAGGCAAGUGUACAAGGAAAGGAUGCAGCUACAUCCACCGGUGCAAAAAAUGCAAUUCUGACCACAAACCCGGAUCAACCUGUCAGUAAAACUGUUUUGAAAACCGAACUGCUGAAUACAUGCGUAGAAACAUACGACUCCAGAGUGGUAACUCCUAUUGACGUUAAUGCAUUAAAAGUUCUUUUGCAAGGGUAUGAUCCAUCAAAAGCAGCGUAUCUAAUUAAUGGUUUUAGUUUUGGUUUUAAUAUUAAUUACAAAGGCAAGGUAUCAUCAAUCAAACAAACUGAAC